UUGCCAAUCAUGAGGUUGCUGAUCGCCUUUGCGGCUGUGCUAGUCGUUGCUUCGGCACAGACAGCAGCUGACAGAUUCCCAGAUGACUUCAUGUUCGGAGCUGCGACAGCCGCUUAUCAAAUCGAAGGAGCCUGGAAUGAAGAUGGGAAGGGAGAGAACAUUCAAGACUACCUUUUCCACAAUCACCCAGAAUAUACAACAGGAGACACAGGGGACGUCGCUUGCGAUUCUUACCACAAGUACAAGGAGGACGUGCAGAUGCUGAAGGCCAUCAAUGCGAACGUAUACCGCUUUUCGAUUUCCUGGUCACGAGUGUUGCCUACCGGGGACGUUGACGUUAUCAACCAGCCUGGUAUCGACUACUACAACAACCUCAUCAACGAGCUGCUUGCCAACGGAAUUCAGCCAAUGGUGACUAUGUACCAUUGGGAUCUUCCUCAACCGCUGCAGUACAUUGGAGGCUGGCCUAACGAGUUGCUGGUAGACUACUUCGUUGAAUACGCCAGGGUACUGUUUGAAAACUUCGGAGACAGGGUGAAAUGGUGGGUCACGUUCAACGAGCCAGCUACCUUUGUGCACGGCUACACAGCUUUGAGGAUGGCCCCUUCUCAGCCCGCCAAAGGAAUUGGCGACUACCUGGCGGCACACACCAUCAUCAAAGCCCACGCUCGCGUCUGGCACCUGUAUGAUGAGCAGUUUAGAGCUUCGCAGAAUGGUAGCGUGGGAAUUACGCUUAAUAUGGAUGGGCUUGAGCCAAUGACAAACUCGACAGAGGAUGUAGAAGCUAGUGAAAGAGCACGACAGUUUCAGCUGGGUCUCUACGGACACCCUAUCUACACUCAGAGUGGUGAUUAUCCGGCAGUGGUGCGACAGCAAGUGGAUGGCAACAGUGAGGCUGAAGGACGUCCCCGAUCAAGGCUGCCAACCUUCACACAGGAAGAGGUGGAGUACAUUAGGGGUUCAGCGGACUUCUUUUCAAUAAACCACUACAACACGACUUUCGUGACGCCAGGACUCACGGGCGAUUCACCUUCCAAACUGCGUGACAUGGCUGUAAAUAGAUCAGAGGGUCAGCGAUUACCUUGGGGAUUUCGGAGUCAACUAAACUGGAUUGCCAACGAAUACCCAGGAUAUCAAAUCAUGAUAACAGAGAACGGGCUCUACAAUAACGGGGGAAGGAACGACACUGAUCGCAUCGCAUACUUUCAUGCAUACCUUGGAGCUGUACUGGAGGCGAUACACAUUGACGUUGUUCCGAUUAUCGGAUACACAGCUUAUGGUCUCAUGGACAACCUGGAAUUUAACAUGGGAUUCACACGUAAGACUGGGCUGUACGAGGUGGAUUUCAGCAGUCCAAACCGGACAAGGACGCCCAAGGCAUCGGCCUUAUUCAUGGCAGAAGUCUUUAGCACCAAGCAGCUGCCCGACCCGUACAACCUGUAGGAGUUUCCGCGCUCGAAAAGCGAGACUGAUAAGCCAUCAUAUCAACGGACUGUUUAAUAUGAUCUCUUGUCAAAUACAGUACUGUUAUAUGAAGUAAUAAAUGAAAUGUCAGCAACUA